CGUUUCUAUUUGCUGAGGAAGAAUCUUUGAAGCUCCGGUCUUGGUGCGAUGAAGAUACUGUAGGCGGGUCGGUAAUUUGAUGCUUAAAGUUGUUGAACUGGAGGCUUCAUUAUCCUCUUAUCCAACUUUUCUCUUGUGAAGCCACAAACGGUCUCCAUCUGAUGACUUCACAGCCGCCUGAGGGGCCAAAAAUAACCAGUCCCUGAACAUUUCUGACUGUGCAGAGGGAUCUUAAUGUUUUGUCUUGCCCAAAGUGUGUGUAUCUGGCUAAGUAACAUAGUUUACCACCCAAAUUGGCUUGACUUGGGGAGUCCCAGGCUACUGCCAGCCCUGUUUAGCUCUGGCAUAAUGCCGCAGUAGCUUUCCCGAGAGAGGUAGUCGACUUUCCCUCCAGAGCUAGAGUCACACUGAUGAAAGGAAGACUGUUACCCUGGACGAAGGCCCUGUCUUGAGGCGGAGAGCAGGACUUGGCUUCACACAGCAGUUUGACAGUUUGUGAAGCCUGCAGGCUAUUUGGAUCUUACUCACCCCUUUCUUAGCUUAGGUUUGUUGGACAUGUGGAUGCUGCUAAUGGGGUUUUUGUGUCCAUUGUGGAAAAUCAUCUAGCUGUGGGACUUGUAGUUCAGAAGAAGGCCCAGCCAUGGAGGGUCUUGAGCAGCUUGAUAUGGUGGGCAAUAUCAGCCCAGCUCUUGAGGCCACUGAGGAAUUUAUCCACUGCAUGGACGGCAUACACGGCCAAGGUCCGAGUCAAGCUCAGACAGGAACCAACCAGUCUUCCAGGCAGCCUAAGCAGCUGCAGGAGGUGUCCAGUGCCGCGCUUGGGAAGCUGAGCUCCAGUGGCGUAUGGGGCUUGCUGGCCAGGGAGCAGACAGAGGUUGGGCCCCUAGGCCUGGCCUGGGCCGACAACUUCAGCGUGUUGGGGCUGGGGAUGAGCUUGAGGCAUGGCAAGAGAAGCCGAGCGCGCUCCACCAACGAUCUGGCAGCCCAUACCAAGGAGUGCACCAACAACACCGCAAACUCCUCGUCCAAAUCAGCCUUCAAGAAAGGACACAACCGGUCCAGGUCAGACGUCAACUACCGGCCAUCUGUAUACACGGACAACGGACUGCCCACUGUGGACUGCAACACUCUGAAGAACAUGAUCCUCAACCACCAGCCAGAGGCUGAUAAAAGCAGCAGUAGCAGUGUGGUGAAGCAGGGUGAGAUGGAGCAGCGUGAGGGCCCCCGGGGUCGCUGGACACCUUGCUAUGUCGAGCUGACGCCCUGUGAGCUCCGGCUGUACACUCUGGACAGCAGCGCUAAUCGCCAGCUGGCCACCGCCUGCUCUCUGUCACACUGCCAGAGCAUCAUCUCACCAGCACCCUGCAGCCAGCCAGGUCAGGUCACCCAGCCCGCAGAUCAACGCACGCUUCAGGCUUUGUUCUUCAAUAGCACACGUCUCCAGCUGAGGGCGGCCAAUCAAUGGGAGGCUAUGGAGUGGAGACGGCUGAUUUGGGAGAAGGUGCAGGCAGCCAGACCUGCGAGGAAGGAGAAUCACCAGCGUAAGACUGUAGUAGAAAAGCAACACGUUGUCAAGUUUCCUGCACUCAUGUCACCGUCCUCAUCGCCCUCUCCGUCAGGGCUCGACACCAGGCCUGAUGGUGACAGCGACACCUCCUCUUCAGCAGAGGCGUCACUCUCUCUCAAGCCUAAUUCUGGCGUCCCCAGCAGGCCCACCACGCUGCCGCUGUUCACCCAACGCUGCCAGGACGUCCUCAAAGCUGGUCUGCUCCACCAGCUGAAGGAUCAGAACAACUGGCGGGCCUUUACAUUCGUCCUGACCAGAACUGCUCUCCGGGCCUUCCCUACAGAGGGCCGUGGAUCCGUGUCCCAGCCUGUCCUCCAGUACUCCCUGGCCUCCUGCUUGGCCGUGCGGCACGAUCAGGAGCCAGAGAAUGGAGAACCGUGGACAGAUAGAGGGGGCCGCUUCCAGGUAGUUUUCCCCAAAGAGGUACUCAGACUUCAGGCAGACGAUCAGCCUAAGGCCCAGGAAUGGGUGGAGGCCCUGAGGGAGGCGGUCGGAGCGCAGAGGCCUGCCCAUGAAGAAGGGGGAGAAUCAGGAGAAGGACCUUCAGCCCUCCAGGGAGUGCUGUUGAGAUCAAAACCAUCCAGGGAGAGGAGACAGCGGGAGGCCCAGAGAGCCAAGCGGCAGUCCGUCACUACCAGUUUCCUCAGUAUCCUCACCUGUCUGGCUGUGGAGAAGGGACUGACUGCUCAGAGCUUCAGGUGUGCAGGUUGUCAGCGUCCAGUCGGUCUCUCCAGAGGAAAGGCAAAGGUCUGCUACUACAGCGGCUGGUACUACUGUCAGAGCUGCCAUCAGGACAACUCCUUCCUCAUCCCAGCACGCCUGCUGCACAACUGGGACACCAGCAAGCAUAAGGUGUCUAAACAGGCCAAGGAGUUCCUGGAGUUUGUGUAUGAGGAGCCCCUGCUGGACGUCCAGCAGCUCAACCCGUGUCUGUACGAGCACUGCGAGCCUCUCAGCACGGUGCUGCGUCUCCGCCAGCAGCUCCAGUCACUGCGGGCCUACCUGUUCAGCUGCCGAGCAACCAUUGCCGAGGACCUCAGACGAAGGAUCUUUCCCAGGGAAUACCUGCUACAGCACAUCCACCUGUACUCCAUGGCUGACCUGCAGCAGGUGAUUGAUGGAAAACUGGCUCCCUUCCUGUCCAAGGUGAUCAAGUUUGCCAGCUCCCACGUGUUCAGCUGCAGUUUGUGUCGAGAGAAAGGCUUCAUCUGCGAGCUCUGCCACAACGAGCAGGUCAUCUACCCGUUCCAGGAGAACGCCACCCGGAGGUGUGACGGCUGCGGCGCCGUGUUCCACAGCGAUUGUCGACAGAAAGCUCAGCCGUGUCCUCGCUGUGUUCGCCGAGAGCUCCACCACAAGAGGCCGUCCUCCUUGUGGUCACACGACGACGACAGCCCCGGGUGCUUUCACCUGCCGUACCAAGACACCUGAGACGCACACGGACAGAAAGCAGUAACAGUCAGGGCGCUGCCAGGCCGUGGCGCUGGACAAAGCGCCUGUUUUUCUGAUUGCUGUGUUUCUCCAGGACUAAUUCUGUGACAGAUCUCAGAGCGUCUGAUGCAUCGUCAGGUUUGUGUUUCUACCUGAUGACACGCGCACCUGAGCUAAGCCCUCUUUGUCCUUCUGUAGAGAGCAGGGAGGAAACCAACUGAAGAACUGCUGCACCAUGCCUCACAGACUCACAGACUUGUAUUUGUAGUCAAACAUCACACGUCAAGGUCAUCGUCCGCCGUCCUCAUCCUUUACAACAUUCACUUAUUCUAACCAACGUCUUUCAGCACAAGUUAAGUGAUGAAACGAUUAGUCAUGGGACAGGAAAUUAACCAACAAUUUCAGUAAUUAUUUAAUCAUUUAUCGAAAAGGCAAAACAUUUUUUGAUUGGAGCCUCUCAAAUGUGAAGGUUUAAUAACAAAUAACUUGAAAACUUGAUCCUGGUUUUUGUCUUGUUUACAGACUUAAUAAUAAAUGAUCUGUUUAAUCUAUGAUGGAUAUAAUACGUUGCACUAAUACUGAUGUUAAAGAGAUAAUCCAUCCAAAACCUUUCAGUAAGACGCUCUGACACACUGUGGCCUUGAAAGGUGGCUGUAAAAAAUGUGUAGUUUCAUUCUUUUAAAACGAUAAUCAUGUGCUCAUAUGAAGAUUGAAAUGAGUUUUGCUUGUUGUAAUGUUUCCUCCAGUUCAUACUGACCAUUAACUUUUUCCUUUUCUAAAUUGAUUUCAAUGUUUUAUGUAAAGAUGCAUUCAACAACACCACUGUGGACACCACUCGCAUUAUAUAUGCAACAUAUAUUUUAAUAACCAGUAUAAACAGGAGGAAUGAUUGCAGAAAGCAAAACAUGUUCAAUGUACAUACAUGCAUGUGAGUAGUGUUUGAAAUGUGAACCUGUCCUUUCAUCAUUUUUCAGAACAUCAAUAGAAGCUUCUCAAACCAAAUCUGCAGCACAAUCCACUAUGUUUAAAAGAUACUAUUAUAUGUUCCAUAAUAAUGUUGAAUACAUUACAUUUGAAAACAAAUCCAAUCUAUAAAUAAUGCGUUUCCUGUUAUGGUUUGAGCUCCAGGAACCUCGAGGGUUGAUAUACUGUCGGUACUCGUGAGAAGAAGAAAACUCUUUUUAAUUGUGAGAUUUUCUUUCAUCACAAUAAACUGAAUAUCUUUUGGGUUUUGGGCAAAAUGCCGUUUUUGUUGUUAUUUUCUUUCAGUUUUAGAGACCAAGAGAUUUAUCGAGGUAAUAUAUUGAUAAUGAAAAUAAUCAGUAAAGUUAUUAUUUACUGGUUAUUAUUCCACAAUAUUUAAAUGUUAUAUUUAAUCUUAUUUGGAGAACAUAUUAGUAAUUGUUACAUGUGGAUUAUGCUUCUGGGACAGCUUCAUAAGUUUCUGUGGACGUUUUGAUUUAUUUCUGUCAUAACUUUUAUUUAUUUUCGGGGGGGGGGGGGGGGGUUGACUGGGGUUAGGGUUCACUUGGGAUAUAACUGGAGCAAUUAGAUUGCGAUAUGUUAACCAAUACAAAUAAUAAGAUAUAAAUGAUCGCUGAGAAUGAAAUAUAGAAAUCCGUCCCUCCUCUGUCAGAUCUCAUUUACCGUAAAGUGAGUUGUUUAGAUGUGGAUGUUUUCUAACUCACUCGUGUGUUAUUUUAAUGUAAAAUGUAAACGGACUUACUUAAAAAAGUCUGUCUGAGCACAUUUCCUCCAGUCUAACUGUAAAAUAACGGGCAAUAAUCUGCUGUCAUUCUUUCCUUCAUUGUUGCCUUUUCCCUUCGCUCUUCCUCUGUGAUUCUACUUCCUGUUGUGCUUUAUUCAUGCAGAAUCUAUCACAUGUGAUAGCAGCUUUAGCUUUUAGUAUCUCUAUGCAACCUAGAUGGCCUUUUAUAACCCACUGCUUUCAUGUGUAAAGGUCUGGAAACACUUUACGUUUAUGUGUCAACACUGCAGCACCCGCUGCGUUUCCAUCCGGCUUUAAGGGACAUUUUACUCAAAUGUUGGACAAAUAAAGAAAGUCAACCUUGUAGCCGAUUAGCUUCCUGGAUGCCCCAAAACAAUAAAAUCAACAAGGAAAACAAUUGUCAAGAUUUUCUAAAAAAAAAUGUAAAAUAGUUUUUGGUGGAUGUAAAACUAUUUAUGAGGCUUACAAAGUCUUUUGUAUUCUUUCUACAGAAUACAGUGUUGCUCCAAUCCAAUAAAUGCUGCCUCCGCUGAUCUUUUCAAGCUGCACUCCCUGAGUUGAAUUUGACGUUUCUAAAUAUCCACAACAAGUUUGGGUACCUUUUUUGGGGAUAUUUUGGGGCUUUAUAACAAAGUCAUGGAUUGCAUGUUUAAAGUCUGGAAGGGAACAACUUGUUUACUUUUCAGAGGAUCUGAAGGCCGGACUCGUUUGAUUUCUGUUUCAGUGUUAAUUCUUUGCUCGUCUGUCUUUUUCCAUCUUGUUUGAGUCAUAACAACUUGUUAACUUUGAAAUGAAUUCAUGUACAAAUAAGCUUCUGCAAUCAGCAGUCGGUUUAUUUGUGAAAAUGUAUUUUUGUGAUCACAUUGACAGUUACUCAUGUUUAUGAACCAUGUAGGAUACUGUAAACUUAAACUAAAUAACCCAGUGUAGUUUAAACAUAUGGCUGGAAACGUGCACUGAUGUGACAGUUGAUUAUAUUUUGUUGAACAGGUGAUAUCAAAAAUGAAAUGUUUAAGUUAUUGUUGACUGAUUGUGCCUGCUGCAUAAGUAUAUUUGAUAUGCAGUAUAUGUUGACUGUGAAUCUUUAGCACUAUUGUUUUUAUUUGUUUAUUUGUGUUCUACAAAGUCCAGCAGGUUUUUAGGGAUUGUCAUAUAUUUUUUUAUAUUUGCACAUAGAUUAGAGUCACGGUGCUUUGCAAUAGCAACGGUACACAUAACAAUGGCCGCCGCGCUGCUCAUCCUGCUAUGUUAAAUGGGAAUGUCUGAUCUACUCUCGUUCUAUUUUUAUGUUACUGACAGUCAGAGAAAAAUAACCAAACGUCAACCUGCCCCAAGCUCAAAGCUUUCACGCCAUAAGUAUUUCAGUCAGCAGUACUCCUAUCGUAGCUCGCUAAUGCAAGAGUAUGAAUUAUCAAAUAUGUCUUUAAACAAAGUGUCAAUUUUGCAUCUAUAUAUAUAUUUUCAGUUGUACCUCCAAAUUGACAUCUUAAGAUGAUAUGGAUACACUUUUAGCAUGUUUUAAAACCUUGUGUUUCUUGCAAAGGUGAAAUUAGCUCUGUAGUAUUCAUGCUAUAUAAUAAGACGUAAACCCAAUUAGAGUUAAUUUCCUGUUGCUACAGAAUAUUGAUGCUUAUGUGAGAGCUGAACUUCACUCAUUUGCGCACAAAUGAUUCCCAAUACCUGCUGGGCUCUGUCGUCCGCCUCUGUGUAGCUUCAGCAGCUGACGUGUAGACGUGUGCAUCUGAUCCCUUUUUAAAACUUUGAUUUAUUUGCUUGUUUUAUGCUUUGUUUUGAUUUUUUUUAACUGCCCUUUCUAUGAACAUGUUGAAGCACCUGUUAUGAAUGAUGUUUACCUAUUACGUUUGUUAUCUUUUUCAGUGACACGCAGAAGUACAUUGAAAUGUAUUUGUCACACGAUUGGAAGGUUAUGUUGCAGGCACAUUGCCAUCACCGCAGUAUGUUUUACCUGACGUGUUUGGAGAAGAACAUAUUGUACAGUAUUUAAGCAGAAUAACUGGACUGAAAUUAUUCUCUUUUGCACUUUUAUUUAUUUAUUGUUUUUUUGUUUAUUAUCAUUUACCUUUUCAUUGCAGCCAAACUUCUUAUGCAAAUACAGGGAUUUGAUUUUGUUUUUUGGUUUCGUUCAAAUGUGUCCGCUAGCCACUGAUGCCAAUAAAAACAAAGUUCUUAAUAGGGAAAGUGUUUGAAUCCUGUGUG